GGUUCAAUGUAUAAUUCGGACCCCCAACUCCCAAGCGCUCUCAUUUUUAUCACCUUAUAAAACAAUCAUUAUGUAAAGCCUCACUCCACAACCAACAUUCAUCUAAAACCUUAAUCAUAAUCACCAACUUAUAAAAAUAAAACAUGGGAGAAGUUGAUGUAAGCUUCAUUCAAGCCAUUGAGCACAGACCUAAGCCAACUGUCACAGAAGCUCAAGGCAUUCCUCUCAUCGAUCUUUCGAUACCGGACACGCAGCUCCUUGUUGCGCAAAUAGCUGAUGCAUGCAAGAACUGGGGUUUUUUCCAGGUGAUCAACCAUGGGGUACCCUCACAGCUGCGAGAAAAGGUGUUUUCAGCGUCCAAGAGCUUUUUUUCGCAGGCGAAAGAGGAGAAGCUGAGGGUGAGGAGAGAUGAGCGGAAUCCGUUGGGGUAUUAUGACACGGAGCAUACCAAAAAUGUUAGGGACUGGAAGGAAGUUUUCGAUUUUACGGUGGAGAGUCCUAUGGUCAUGCCAGUUUCGCCUGAUCCUCGUGACGAGGAGGUGAAGAAGUUCAUCAAUCAGUGGCCGAGGAAUCCUGAAAAUUUGAGGGAGCUGUGUGAAGAAUAUGCUAAAGAGGUAAAAAAGCUCUCUUUCAAAUUAAUGGGGCUUAUAGCCUUGAGCUUAGGUCUGGCAGCAGACAGGUUCGAUAAAUGUUUCGAGGACUCAACCAGCUUCAUUAGGCUCAAUUACUAUCCUCCCUGCCCUAGCCCUGACCUGGCGCUUGGUGUUGGUCGACACAAGGACGCUGGUGCUCUGACCGUUCUGUAUCAGGAUGAUGUUGGAGGACUUGAAGUGAAGCCAAAAACUGAUGGAGAGUGGAUUCGGGUGAAACCUACUCCUAACGCGUAUAUCAUCAAUGUCGGAGAUAUAAUUCAGGUUUGGAGCAAUGACAAGUAUGAAAGUGUGGAGCACAGGGUAAUGGUGAAUUCCAAGCGGGAAAGAUUUUCCAUUCCAUUUUUCUUCAAUCCCUCACAUUCAACUAGGGUGAAGCCUGUGGUGGAACUAACAAAUGAUGAGAACCCUGCCAACUACGAGGAAUAUAACUGGGGAAAGUUUUUUGUGACUCGAAAGCUCAGUAACUUCAAGAAACUUGAUGUCGAAAAUAUCCAGAUCAAUCAUUUUAAGGUAUCUGCAUAGCUGAAAAAUUAUCAGAAGUUGAACUACAGUAGCUAUUAUCGAUCUGAUGUUAUACAGUGGUCAGUAAAUUGUUGGUUUUAAACUUUCAGUUACUUAAUGUAAUGCAUAUGCAUGUACAGAAUUAUGAGAUGUAAUAUUUCUCAAAUAAAAGAGGUCUUCUGUUCUAUUUUUA